GCACGUAACUGUUGUACAAUACAUAACUGGCAGUUUGUGACGACUUCUCUGUAACGAAUUGUGACGACCACGACGCCGACGCUUUACUUAUCGUCCGUGCUUAUCGGUCGCUCGAUUGUUCGUUCAGUGUAUCGCCUGUAACAGUUCUUUAUGUGCUCGAUACUUGACGACCUCAACUGUUAGUGAUGAUUGAGAUGUGACUGACAGAUCGGCUGAGACAACGUCAUUCAGCCUGUGGCAGGCGUUAACAGGAAGACAAAAGACACUGAGAACAGUAUUGCUUCUUGUUGAUAAUGGAGACAGUGUAGAGGGCGCAUUUCACUAUGUCGAUUAGUUCCAUCAAUUCCAUAGUGUCAUAUUUCAACAGUUCUACGUCGUGACACAGAUCAGAAAAGAAAUAAACAGCGUGGUGAUACAAGUGAAUAAUUUAAUAAAGACUUUUAAAAAAUAUAUUGUAACAAUGGAUGUUAGCAAGACACAGUUAACGCAACACAGUAAACAAAACAGUCUAGUCAUCUUUGGACAACAAGUAUUAACAGUAAGGAUGACGCGACUUCCGAGAUGGCCGGUGAUGUUGGCACUCCUGGCGGUGCUGCCUGGCCUCGCGCUCUGCCAUGACAUAGACGAUAUCGCGGAGAACACGAACACCACGGCGCAUUCCCGAGUGAAGAGAGUGAUCUACUUGACGAGCGAGCGCCGCCUGACCCUCCCGCCGGAGACUGUGCUGGUCCUCACGCCUACCCUCAGUCUGCCCUUCGCCAGGAACUUACCGACGGGCUACGGCGCUUCUAUGACGAUCUCGAUUCCCUUCAAGAUUGGAUUUGAUGACCUGGGUUUGACCUCCGAAGAGAAUCCUUGGGGUAUUUGGCCGGACUUCGGAUUAUUUAGGAAGAAGAGAGACACCUUCAGUUCCUUCCCUGGCGUCAACUAUGCGGGAGGAGACAGAGAGAUGAUGUACCAGGUGGUAGAAGACACUCUGUUCAACAUGGGCUUGAAUGGAAAGGGAUGCCUCCUGAGGGCCAUCUGCGAAAUGUUCCAGUUCCCCCUCGAUAAUCACGGUUUCUUUGGUGAAGUCCUCGAACUUUUCUUCAGCGCCAGCCGAUCUCCUCACGCCGAGAAGAGGCUGAAUGAGUAUACGAGAGCGGAGAGAACCGGCAGGUCGACUGGAGACUGUUUCGAGUAUCAAGAAUUGUGUCCUCAUUCUUUCUUCACCAAUCCUGGGCAGACGAAAUGGCUAGAGGCGGAGAAAUACAUGGAACAGUAUUCAGAAGGAGGAAACACACGAGCGGACGAUAAAGUUACGAAGAAGGCAACGGAAGAAAGUCCGAAGAAGGCGACGAAAAAGAACACCGAUAAGAAGGCGCAAAGGGGAUCAAGAAGGGCAUAUAAUUAAUCCUGUAAUAGAGUAAUGUACAAAAUGGCAAUAGUAGGCAUUCAGUGGUUGCGUUGCCCAAUUUUUUAUUAUUAUGCUGUGUGAUUCAUCUAUGAACUUGUCUUUUUUAUCAAGUUCCAUGUAUUUUGUUGUUGUUGUUGUGCUUAGUAAAGUUUUGCUGUAUUAGUCGUUAGUAAUGCUAUAUUACGAGACGAUUUUCUCCUGAAAUUUGGGCAUCUUAACCAGACCUUACAGAGAUCCUAUGAUUAUGCAUUAUGCCUGUCCCAGUAUUCCUGUGAUGUGAGACUGUCUGUGCAUCAACCCUGUCUCUGACCCAAAAGGCGUUGGAAUCUAAAGGUUUAGAAAAUGACUUUGUUUGUAUGUAUACGAACUACCCUUUGUGGAUGUUUAAAAAUACUGUUUGGAAACUUUGUCGGGAUAGGCUGCCAUGCAGUUUCUCUUUUUUCUGUUUUUAUUGUCUUAGGUUAUAUAAAGAAAGGUGAUAUACACGUACUGUUUAAAAAGUCAUUUGUUUUCCAAUAUCCGGUUCUUUUGGUGUAUCUGCUUGAUACAUAUCUACUUCAGAAAAUAUAUUAAUUCGGUACGUGUAGUUCAUAACAAGAUCUCUCUCUUGUGGUUUCUAUUUUGCUCCUUAACUUAAAUAUAAUGAUUCCAGUAUUAUGCAUAAGAGAGCUACUGGUAGUAAUUAUCAGUUACAUACUUUGAUUCUAUUAGCUAUAUCACCUCAUGUUGCAUUGUAAGAAUUAUCAUUGAAUAUUAUCAUCACCUGUCUUAUAGAUCAUCUCUUAUAUCAGUUGACCUCAAGACAUAAUCGCGAACAGCAUAUUUCGUUUUAGAAAACUGACAAACGUAAUGUUUGAAAGAGUUCAUAUGAGUGUUCUCUGGUGACUCGGUUCAGAACAGUGUUGUGUAUUGACAUAGUUGAAAGGAGUGUAUACUCAAGGACAACCUUUUACCGAUACAGGCUUUUUCUAUUAUUGUUUUGUCCUUUUUUUUAUUUUCUUUUUGUAAAGCUAGUGUGAACUGAGAUAAUGAUCAACUGUAUUAGAUUCUUUAAAGAAAACACAAGCAGAAAACAACACACUUCAGUUCUGUUAUUUAUGUUCAAACAUAAAUUUGAAUGCAGUCAAAUCAUUUAUAUUUGUGUACAUUCAUUUCUAAUAUAUUUCUCUAUGGCAUUAUAAAGCCCUCAUUUCCGCCGACAAAAAGUAUCGUGCUAUACUUUCCUAUGACUCCGCCCAUACCUGUGGGGGCGGAGUCACAUAUAAACUUUAUUUGAAGCUGGAAGAAAAUAUGUUCAAAUUUGAUGCUGCAGUGUAUGAUGCAUUAUUCAAUUACGAUGAUGAUGUCAAUGAGGAUAUCAUUGCAGACACUAUUGUAUUUACGUGUAUGUGUGUGUGUGUGUAUGAUAUAAUAUAAAAUAUUCUACGUUUAUGACUAUGUGAUCCUAAGAAAUAUCUCUCACAGUUCGGUGAUAUGAGAAAACAUGAUGAACGUUUUCACAAGAUCGUCAUGCUCUAGCAACAAAACAUUGAUAUUGAAAAUCUACACUACUAUGAUAGAUGACAUUAUAGUGUGUAAACUUUAAUUUUAAAGUUCUUCAUAUCAGUGGGUCCAUUGCUUAGAAGAAUGAGGCUCAAGCUCAUCUUUCGUAUGUCUAUGUUUUUAUUAACAGAUUUCGGUAUGUCACGCACAGGCUACAAUAGUCAUUUUUUUAUUAUAUAAUUUAUGCUUUAACCUUGGGCGUAUUCAGGCCUCCUAAAGUGUUCCAUGACGAAUAAAAUGCGGAAAGUAUCUCAAACAGAUUCAUGUUGUGUUUACAACAAUAGUACGAAAAUUUAUAUUAAGGAAACUCAUAAAUUCUUUUAAAUGUAAUUAAUAAAAACAUGGCAUUUUCAAAACAUUUAAUGGAGUGUGACGUUCGAAACCGGUGUCGACAGAAGGAAGGUUUUUUGCCAGCGGGAAUGAGGGUUCUGGUCUCUAAAGAACUCCUUACUCCUUUGUCACAGACGACAAUGUAUGAAUCGGGCUGUUCUUGGGCAUGCUUGUAGAUUAUGGUAUCUUUAUUCAUGUACAAGAAGACAAUUAAAGAUUUUUUAUUUAUAAAUAUAUAAUGAACAACAAUGACAUCUACAUCAAGUUUUCUUGUACACUUAUGUAUCAUAAGCUGUUGAAUAUUUAUUUUACCCUUAUUAUUAACUAUUUAUUUCUGUGACAAUAUACUUGUCACUUUUUUUACUGUCUAUGGCUGGAUAAACUCCAAUCACUUGAUCUCUCGAGACUAAUUCGUUCGUCCAUUUUACUUGUUACAUAUCAUUGUCAGUAGUGAAAAGAAAUAGAGCAAAAUCAUACCAAGAAAUUUAGUGCCAUACAACACAAUAGUUGAUCUCGGGAGUACAUUAUUUAAUUAUAUAAUUGUAUGAUAUUGGUCAGUAACAUUAACUGAUGUGCACACCUGGGGCGUGGGAUAUUUAAACCUUAUGCAAAUGUAUCUCAAUCGGACUAACAAAAUUCGCACUCAAAUAAAAGGUUAAUAAUUCACAUAAGACAAGAAAGAGAGAACAAGCAGUUAGUCAAACUCAAUUUGAAUUUUGUUUAAUUCUCUUCAUUUCAACCACACCCAUCAACAGAUCUCACAAUCAGGAGUUUAUUUCACCAUAAUAUCCACGUUUUUUCCGUGAUUCCUCAUCUUCAGAGGAGCUCAAAACGUGUGAAAAUCAUGCACUUUUCACACACCACAAAUACCACUCAUGAUGACAUGCAGUGUAUCUGUAUCUUCUGAUGGCAUUCAUGUUCCUAAUACGGUAAUAUAACGGUUAUUAUGCAUUCCUUAUGUCCAUUCGUAAAUGGUAAUCAGUAAUCAUUACGAAUAAGACAUUUGAUUGAGAAUCGAGUUGAUACAAUGUAUAGAGAUUGUGGGAAGUGAUAGUAACCAUGUAUGCAAUUUAUACUUGAAAGGUUACAGUUCAGCUAUUUCUCAAAAUACCUUUGUAUUGCCAUGAUGGCGCACUGUAUUAAUCAUCCUGUUUGUUACACCUGUUAUUAGGCAAUUAUUACACAUGUUUUGGAGUUUUUAAUAUACUUAUAUAUUUA